AUGCCUCCCAGGACAACAAGGUCGAAUGGCGUCGCGUCGAAGCGAGACGGCAACAACAUCGAGACCAGCAACAUUGAAACCAGUAGCGGAGAGACUAGCAAGAAUGAGGGCCGCAGCAAUCGUGGACGUGUUUCCAAAGAAACCAGCAUGGCGAAAAAGAGGACGCAGAACCGAAUCGCGCAACAAUGUCUGAGAGAGAGAAGAGCCGCGAGCAACCGGCAUGCCGACAGAAUAUUAGACACGAUGCAGACUGUCACCGAGCCCGAACGGCUGACAAUGCUGCUUGAAGCGCAAGCGAAUCUCACUAGAGAAAACCAACGGAUGGAAGAUGCCCUCUUCCGCAUGCGGAAAAAACUACUUAGCUUAAGUAACGCCGCUGCUACUGCUGCUAACGACCCUAUUUUUGAGGAGCUUCUGGGGCGAAAGCUGUCGUCAUCAAACAAUUCCACUCCAGGGGAACAACAAGAGGAUAUGCCUACUACACCUACAGAGUCUCCGAAGCAAGAUCAGAUCUGUUUAGCAUCACUGCCACAGGAUGCACGAAGUGUAGAUAAUGGCGAUAUACAGGCGUUUCUCGAAGCACCGUCGGUCGCUGAAGAGCAGGGCGCUAGCCAACUGUUUACUUUUGAUCAAGACUUCCAAUGCCAGCAAGAAUACGGCGUCCAGCUCCAAGAGGAUACAGAAUUCUUCAAUGCAUUGGCGGACAACCAGCAAACUUCUGCCUAUAACUUCAGAACAACGCCUCUGCCGACCAGUCCCUCGCCCUGGGACAUAUGUUCUUUUGCGCCACCAGAAAAUAUCACCAUCCGCCGUGCUACCGACUUCUCAACCAAAAUGUCCCAAGCCGCGAUGAACUGCAGAGCACGUAUCCAAGAUACGGUCAUGGCAGCGCACCUUACCACUUCCCAGAUCACACAGUUGGUUGCAGUCGCGACCGUAAACCUGCUUUCAACGUGUGCAGGAAUGCAAGAAUUUCUCUAUGGAACUAAUAGCGCUGUAUACAUGGAGAGAGUCGUCUACUGGCGGCUCGCAAAGACAGACCGCUCCUUGGUGCCGCAACCGUACCGGCCUACGCCGUUACAGAGCCAUUUUCUUGAGAACGGUUUCUUUCCUAUAAUUGAUUUCCAACCCUGGCCUGAGCUCCGCGACCAAUGUCUAAUCAUUGGAGACAAGAUCGACGCCAACGAGCUCUCCCGGGACAUUGUGCUUAAUCAGGUUAUCGAGAUUCCUGAACGCAAUGUAGCGGUGCAUAUCUGGCAACAGUUCCAGCAUCUGCACGGGGGUGCACAAUUCAACUUGUCCACCGCUGAGCCUCAGGUACCGCGGUCGGCGAACGAUGAGGGCUGGGUCUUUUUCGAGAUCAACCGAGUAAAUCGUGACUUUCCGUCCUGGGCCGCCGAUCCUGUUGAGGAGGCCCUCUCGCGGCAACUGUUGCGGCGCAUAGAAGAAUUCUGUACCGGCAACGACCUCUCCUGGUUCCUCGGGGCCGUGCAAAACCAGCACCUCGGUGCGAGCACACAUAUCGAGUCGCCCUUGGUGGCCUUGGAUUCCAGGUUCCGUCCGAUCAAGACAGACAUGGGCCAAAGAUUGGCCGCGACAGGCAGGUGGAAGCUUAGCAAAGAAUUCAAGGCAAAGUACCCGCAGUUGGAUUGCUCUGCAGGUAAGCAAGCGUCGACUCCACCAGAAAUGGACGCACUGCUAACUGAUCUUGCUGUAUAG